AUGGUAAUUUGCUCGGAUCUUUUCUUGAAAGGAGCACUUCUUUAUUCGGAAGGAAAAUUUGCUGACUCCAUAGAAGUAAUAGAAGCUUCUCUGAAAGAAUAUCUGAUUGCUGAAGAAAAUUGUCGUUUCCUGUGUGAAGGAAGCUUGCCAGAAUUAAUGCAAGAAGAAUUAUUUGUAUCAAUAACUAAUCAUUGGACGUAUUCAUUGAGAUGCAAAUUGAAUUGUCCUAAGAAACUAUCUUACAUGUUUGGACAAAAGCAUGAUCAAUUAUUUACAAAUCAUUAUCACUACUUGCAAUUUAAUUAUUAUAAAGUUAAUAAAUUUAAAGAGACAUGUGCAGCUGUACAAUCAUUUUUACUUUUUCAUCCCAAUGAUGAGACAAUGCUAGCUAACAAGCAUUUUUACGCAUCCCAACCAUCCAUUUCUGAAGAUUGGUUCACUCCAAGAAAGGAAGCAGUUGAUUACUAUACCCAAUACAAAAGAGAAUCUAAUUUACUGGAAGCAAUUGAAAAUUUCUUCAAACUUGAAAACACUUCUGAGACAUCAAAGUCUCCAAUGCCUCCACCUGGGUCAUCUGCAAAGGCUGCAACCUUUAGUCAUGAGAAUUUAGGCAAGAAGAAAGACAAGCUUUCUGAAAAAGAGAUAACAGCAUGGUUCAAAUCUUCUGAUAUACUUCCUGUUAUGAAAGAAAGAGAAUUGAAUGGAUCAAACCGAGUCGUUUUCUCCAACGUAGUUUCUGAAAAUGAGUGUCAGCAACUGAUGGAUUUGGCCGAGGGAGGUGGUUUAUAUGGUGAUGGCUACAAUGGAAAAGAAUCUCCGCAUACACAGUUUGAAAUGUUUGAAGGCUUAACUGUUGCUAGAGCUGCUAUGCUAUCUCAAAGGGGAAUUUUGAAUCCUUUGGCUGCUGAAUUGUUUUUAAAUGUCAGUGAAAAAGCUCGGAAAGCUGUUGAGGUAUUCUUUAACCUAGAAACAGAGCUCUUUUUUGCAUACACACAUCUUGUUUGUCGCACUGCUUUACCAGAUUCAACAAGUUCUCGUCAAGAUCUCAGUCACCCGAUUCAUGCAGAUAACUGCAUACUAAAAUCCACUGGAGAGUGCCUUAAAGAAAAGCCUGCUUAUACUUGGAGAGAUUAUAGCUCUAUUGUUUAUUUAAACGAAGAUUUUGAAGGUGGAGAAUUUAUAUUUGCAAAAAAUAAGAACAAGAUACAGGCUAGUAUCAAACCAAAAUGUGGUCAUAUGGUUGCGUUUUCUGCUGGCAAAGAAAAUCUUCAUGGGGUUAAAGCAGUUAAGAAGGGUCGCAGAUGUGCUCUUGCCAUGUGGUAUACCCUGAAUUCCUUCUAUCGGGAGAGAGAAAGAGAUUUUGCUGAAACAGUGCUCCAUGGUUUGUGGAAUAAAAGACAACUUGCUAAUCGUGUCACAAAAUCUGAUUAUGUUAAAUCGGCUUUGCACAAAUUUGUUGAAAACACUAAGCAAGAGCAUUUACAUGUUCAUUCAGAAUUGUAAAGAUUAAGUUGAAAAUAUCUAACAAUUAUUGAGUCAAUUUUGUUUUUAACUGCUUCAAAGCUUGUUUUUAACCUACUUUUUCAUUUGUAAAAAGAAAAAGCAUGAAAGAGGGCUUAAUGUUAUCUCUAUAUAUAUAAAGGUGACUGUGUUUCUUUGUUUGUAACCAGUGGCCAGAAGCCCCCAUAGCACCUACAGCUCUGAAACUUGGCACAAAAAUCGACCAUACCUCGGGGGUCUGCACCUCAAAGCCCAAAUUCUUAAUUUCUAAUUAGUUUUUUCUUAAUUAAAUGUUUUAUGUGAUUUUUAGCCCUUUUUUUGUGUAAUUCAUCCCAGACCCUUAACCAAUCGCGCCAGGAAAAUAUUUUUUGUACUAUAGGAAAUUUAAUUUUAAAUAUGACAACCAAAAAAAUUUUGAAGCUUGACCAAUUUUUACAUUUUUAUGAAUUUUUGAAAAACCUUUAUUUUGUGUUUUUUCCCGGGUUCAACUUUUUUCUAAACCCAUCCCCCAAAAAGUAUUAGGUAUUUCUUUCUGAAAAUUUAGUAUGUAGUAGUAAAAACAUGUCUCCCUCUUCAGAAAAAAAGUUUUCAAAAAUAUGCUAUAACUUUUUUUAAAAAAAAUUUUUUACGAAAUUUAUACAAAAACCUUUAUUUUUUGCUUUUUCCUGGGUUAAAUUCUUUCUAAACCCAUCCUACAAAAUGUAUUAGAGAUUUCUUUCUGAAAAUUUAGUAUGCAGUAGACAAGACAUUUCACCUUCUUCAGAAAAAACAAUUUUUCAAAAAUAUGCGAUAGCUUUUUUUUUACAAUUUUUUAAAAUUCAAAAUGACACAUUUUAUCUUCUACGUCUGUUCCGAGUAGGGGGGAAAUGUUUCUUCAUUCUGUGACGUUAUGCCUAGAUUGAAGGUUUUGCUGUGUCGUGUUUUUUUUUUUGCAUCGGCUUACUUGGCAAUUAACAGUGGAGUUGCAGAUUAUUAUUUGUUUUUCGCAAAAUAUUUUAAAUUGCAAAGGAUUGCAUUUAGGUUUUUAAAGGGUGUUCACGCAUUUUAGUUAAAAAGUAUGAUUACUGGUUAUUUGACAUCAGACGGGGGGGGAGGGGGGUAUUCUGGAGUUUUGUUUUCCUUUUUUCAAACGAUAGCUUUUCAAUAGUUAAAUUUUUCAUACGGGGUACGGGAUUUCCUUUUUGUCCUAGAUGUACUGUAUUUUUCAAUUGCUUUGUUUUUCUGCUGGGGAGUUGAAUUAUUUUUCAUACGGGAUACGGGAUUUCCUUUUUGUCCUAGAUGUACCGUGCUUUUUAAUCACAAUUGCUUAUCGGCCAGAGUUUGAUUCGCGGUUAAUUGGAUGAGUUACUGCAGCGCGGUCACUUCCGCCGGACGUUUCGCUGUAUCUAUUUUACGUUACAUAUCUGCAUACUUAAUUUAAUUAAAAUAGUGAGGUGUUUCUUUUUCUUUUUUGUGCUAUUUAAUUAAACGAAUAAAGCACAGUUUUUUUAAUGAUCUUUGCAAUUUUGGCAUAAAAAGGUGAAUGACACAAAACGCAACUGGAAAUAGGUAUAGAAAAUACGAAAAAGAUAGAUAUAGAUUAAUUAAUACCGCUGCCAAAUUUAUUUAAACAGCCACCGCAGGUGGCAAACUUGGCAAAAAAACAAGGGGGCAAGGGCAUCGCCAUGCUAGUUUUAAAUAUCGCUAAGAAAUGCCGAAAAUAAAAUUAAGUAAUUCAAUAUACGUUGAAAAAAAUAAAUAAAUUUGAAAAUAGAUUUCUGAGAUGAAGAAUGCAUGUGAGGAAAUGUUUCCCCUCCUCUUACUACCAAUUGAAGGAACAGUGUGAUUCGAACAAAACAUUUUUAGUUUAUAAGAUUCUGAUUAGGACAGUGGGCUAGAUUUUCUCCAUGUGCAACUUUAUUUGGACCUACAACCUCUAUUUUGCUAUGUGACAAUCAUAAAGGCUUUGUGCUAAAAAGUAAAGAAUUGCCAGCAAAAAGGAAACCUUCUUUCUGUGUUUUUAUGAGAGAGAUAGAGGAAGAUUGUGUCAUUAUAAAUAUUGCUACUCAAAAAAAGUUAAUUGGUUUAGAUCUUGGUCCUGGACAAGCUUUGUGUUUAUUAAACCUAUCAAGAAUUAAAUAAAAUUAAUGAAUACUUUUAAUAAAAUUUAGUUGAGGUAUACUUUAAAAAUUUAAAAACCAAAUACUAAAAUUUAAAAAUAAAAUAUAUUUAAAAAAAAAAAAAAACAGAAAACAGAUUUUAAAAAAGAUAAAUAAUUUUCAAUAAAAGUAUGAGCAGAAAAAAUAGCAAGCUGUUAAGAAUAAAAUAAGGUCAAGCAAAGCUAAGUGGCCCUUUGUUUUUUUUGCUCUUGAUUGUAUGUUAGUUUUGAUUUUUGUUCGAUCCUGACUUUAGACCAUCACUUUGAAAGGCAGUGUAAAUAUCUAGCCCCAAGUGUUGCACUAUUGUGGCAUAAAAGUAUUUACUUUUUGCAUUUUAUGAAGAUGAUUCAUGAUCCUAACACUUGUUGGACAUGUAUAAUGAAUUUUCUCUUUUUUGAAAAGACUAAUUGUGCAACAAAUUUGCAAGUGCCUUGUGUAAAAUGUCAAAUCAUUAACUGCAAUGAAACUCUUCGUAACAUGAAUACUUCUUUCACACUUUUAAUGUGAUAAGAUUUCACUUUUCUAAAUAAUGCAUUUUAAAUGCGGCAUUCUUAAUUUUCACAUAAUAUUUGCUAUAUCUCGAUCAUGUUUUACUUUUUCAUACUAAAUUUUUAUCUAAAAAACAUCAAUCAUCUUGUCAACAUGUUUUUAACAUUUCAGGAAAAAAAAAGAUCUAUUUACAGCCAAAAAUGUAAUUUUAUUUGUGCCAACAACAGCUUUUGUCGUGCCAAACAACACUAAAAUCUAAGCAUAUGCAGUCUAAGAUUUUUUUUAUUUUCAUCAAAUGAAAGCAAUAAGUUACUUCAGCGGAAACUAGUCUUUUUCAUUAGUUUUUGAAUUUGUUUUUCCAUCUCUACCAUUUUGUAGCUUUCAAAGCUUCUGUCAUUUUAUGUGCAUGUUUAAAAUAAAUAUAAAACCACAUAAAAUUUGCUUAGUUUAUAAAAAGAAAAAAAAUCAUAUAAAAUGCUCCAUUCUCUAUGAUUUUGAUUAAAAAAAAAAACUUUUCUAUUUCUCCUUAAAGAGUUUAUAUAGUUUUGAAUCAAGAUUAGUAAUUUGUACAGUUCAAUCACGUUAUAACAAAUACCGAUACAGCAAAAUAAAUUUUUAGUCUGGAUUUAAUUGGCAUUACAUUGCUUGAAUUACAAUGAAAUUCCUAUUACUGUGAAUAAAAUUUGCGGCCCCUUGAAGUUUGUUGUGAAAAGAUUCAUGUCAUUGUAUUGAUUUUUUUUUUUUUUUUUGCUUCAUCAACUUUUUUUGAAUGGCAUGAAAUCAUACUUUUAAAGAGUUAAAAAGAACAAAUUUUGUUCAAAAUUUCCCCUUUUCAUAAGGAGAAAUUCUACUUAGAUCUUUAGAGCAUUUCUAACUUAUACUUUAAAAGUCUUUCAUUUAUUCUCAGUUUGUUUAUUGUCAUGUGUUUUAGGUUGUGCUACUUUAUUAUGUACAUAUAUAGAUUGUUUGAGUUUAUAUUUUAGUUUAUUGCCAUAAGAAACUUCAAAUGACAGCUACAAAAGUACUGUUGUAUUUUGUUUAAUUGUAAGCCGUUAAACACAAUAUAAGGAAUUUUAUUAUACAUUGUUAUGUGCCAUGAGUUCCUCUGUUGAGUAAAAGCCAAAACUUUUAAAAGUAAUUUUAACAUUAUCUAAAGGCUGAAUUUUUUAAAUGUACAAAAUAAUUAUCUUUCUUUUACAUGAUUUAAUUUAUACAGCUUUCUAAAAGAAUAUUAUGAGAGUAUAAAAUAAAAGAAUUGCAAAAAUUGAGUCUAAGCAAAAUAUUUUUAGUUGAUUUUAUUGAAAAACACUCUGAAAAAAAAAGCUGUUUUUUCCUUUUGUGAUCUAGUCAAACUUUCAGUUAUGAGAAGUAAUUACUGAUGAACUUUGUGACCUCAUUUUUUUUUCUUUUUUAAAUUGUAAAUCAAAUACUUGCAGUAUAUUAUAAUCUUGAUAUGCGCCAGGUAGUAUGCAGUGGUUCUUUAAAUAAAAAGAACAAAAAUUGUUUGAUUCAAUAAUUUUUCAAUCAGUUUUAAAAAGUAUUAUGAGAGUAUUAUCUCUUAAAAUACUCGAAUUGUUCGCAAUAUGUACUUUUAUUGUUUCUAACGAAUGUGAAGACUAGUCCAAGAAUAAAAAUACUUUUAAUCAUAAAUCUGUUUAACAGAGCAAUUGAUACAGAUAAAUGA